AUGACCAGCGUACUGAAAGGCGGCUUUGGCUCGCCAAAUGGUGCGCCUUUGCUGGCGACCAACUCCGGCACUGAGUUUGUCAACACUGUCUGCCCGCUCAAAGGCGCCCUUGAUGGCUAUGACAACACAAUACCCUGCAGCAAACAGAAGAUCCACGUCCCGCAAAACUUCUGCGAUGCCAUGGCCAUCCGCGAAGAAGUCUAUGGCGAGCAGGGCGUGCCUCUUGAAGCCGAGUUCGACGAAGACGAUGCCCGCAGCUGGCACUGGGUCGCUUAUGCUUCCGUUGCCACCCACACAACCCACCCCCCGAAGACACUGCGCCGCUCCGACUCUGGCAACACGCCCGCUGACGACGCACGACGCGCCUCUGCCACCGCCACCCGCGUUCCCGUCGCGACUAUUCGGCUCAUUCCUCCGCCCCACGGACCGAACAAGUACGUCGACGAGGACAAGACGGACAAACACGCCGAUGCAGACCCACCCGGCGAGGAACAGGAGACUAAGCACCCGCCGGAGCCUUACAUCAAGCUCGGCAGACUUGCAGUCCUGGCGCCCUACCGAAGCCUCGGCCUUGCGAAGCUGCUCGUCAACGCUGCGCUCGACUAUGCCAUGAUGAACCCCGACCUGAUCUACCGGCCUCCGUCUCCCACCGCUUUGGAGAUGGCACAGAUGCUGGGCAACAACAAGGAGCGCGAGAUUACUUGGCAAGGGUUGGUCAUGAUCCACGCCCAAGCUAACCUCCAGAGCAUGUGGGAGAAGCACGGUUUCCACGAGGAGCUGAGGAACGACGACGGUGAAGUCGAGAUACCAGCAGAGCCUCACUGGAUCGAGGAAGGCAUCGAACACGUAGGCAUGUGGAAGAGACUGUCUGUCGAGAAACGAAAGAGGUUGUCUCUAUCCUCCCUGGACUCUUCCUGA